AUGAUGCAGGACUUGUUCUCGGUCCCUUCGUGUUUCUCGGCGGGCGAGAAGCUGCCGGACGUCCCGGCGUCCGCGGCGGCCACCAGGUCCGGGCAGAGCGCGGCGACGCUGGUUUACCGCGCGGGGAUCGCCGGACAGGACCGCUUGGUGACGGUCACGUGGUGCAGGAACCUGCUCACCCACGGCCUGUCCGUGUCGAUCGAAGGGUCGGAGGGCGGCGGCAAGGACAAGAGCGGGAGCAGCGGCAGCAGCAGCAGCAGGGACAGGGAGUGGGGCGACGCCGACGGUGGCGGCGGCGCGUCCUCCAAGCAGGGCUGCAGCACCGCCUGCAAGGUGGAGAUGCAGCCGUGGCACUUCUGGCGCAAGUACGGCGCCAAGCAGUUCCACGUCGACGGCAGGGCCGUCGACGUGGUCUGGGACCUCCGGAGCGCGAGGUACUCCGACGAGCCCGAGCCGAUGUCCGACUACUACGUCGCCGUGGUGUCGGACGACGAGGUCGUGCUCCUCCUCGGCAACCUCAAGAAGGAGGCGUUCCGGCGCACCGGGUCGCGGCCGUCGCUGCGGGACGCCGUCCUGGUGUGCAAGAAGGAGCACGUCUUCAGCAAGAAGCGGUUCCUCACCAAGGCCAGGUUCCACGACAGGGGCAAGCUGCACGACAUCAGCAUCGAGUGCAGCAGCAGCAACCUCAGCGGCGCCGGCGUCGGCGUCGACGUCGACAUGGUCAUCAAGAUCGACGGCUCCGUCAACGUCCUCGUCAGGCACCUGCAGUGGAAGUUCAGAGGCAACGAGUGCAUCUCCAUCAACCACCUCAAGGUGCAGGUGUACUGGGACGCGCACGACUGGCUCUUUGGCACGGGGAUGAGGAACGCACUGUUCAUCUUCAAGCCCGAGCCGCCGUCCACCACCGCUGUGGACCUCCACACUGAUGAGUACUCUGAUUUCUGCCUGUUUCUGUACGCAUGGAAACUUGAGUGA